AUGGAUCUGCUCCCAGCCCAGGAGGCCGCCAAAAUCUACCACACCAACUAUGUGAGAAACUCCCGCGCCAUCGGCGUCAUGUGGGCCGUGUUCACCAUCUGCUUCGUCAUCAUCACCGUGGUGGUCUUCAUCCAGCCCUUCUGGAUCGGGGACAGCGUCAACACCCCGCAGGCCGGAUACUUCGGCCUCUUCCACUACUGCAUCGGCAACGCGCUGACCUCGGAGCUCACCUGUAAGGGCAGCGUGCUGGACUUCAGCUCCAUCCCCUCUCCGGCCUUCAGGACCGCCAUGUUCUUCGUCGGAACCUCCAUGCUGCUGAUUGUUGGCACCAUGGUCUGUUUCAGCUUGUUCUUCUUCUGCAACGCCGGGAACGUCUACAAGAUCUGUGCCUGGAUGCAGCUGGCCUCGGCCGCGUUGAUGGUGAUGGGCUGCAUGAUCUACCCGGACGGCUGGGACGCUCCUGAGGUGAAGAGGAUGUGUGGCCAGAGGACGGAUAAGUACAGCCUGGGGAACUGCACGGUGCGCUGGGCCUACAUCCUGGCUAUCAUCAGCAUCCUGGACGCCCUCCUCCUGGCAUUACUGUCCUUCACUCUCGGCAACCGGCAGGACAAACUGCUGCCAGAUGACUUUGAGGUGGAGGGAGCAGAAAACCCUUGA